GUCAGCAUGGCGGCUUUGACUGUCAAAUGGAGUGGCGACGAGUACAUUAUUGACGCAUUAGACGAUACAGAAACUGUUGCAGACUUGAAAAAAGCAAUCCAGUGCAAAACCGGUGUUUUACCCGAAAGAAUGAAGUUACUCGGGCUGAAAUACAAGGGCAAACCUCCAGAUGAUGCAGUUACCAUUGGUAACCUAAAACUGAAACCAAAUACUAAAAUCAUGAUGAUGGGGACAAGAGAGAAAGAAUUGGCUGAAGCGAACAAACCUCCAGAAGACAUGCCAGAUGUUGUGAAUGACUUUGACAUUGAAGAUGAAGAAAUUGCCGUCGAAAACAGACAAGAAUUCCUUAAUAAAAUCGAGAGAAGAAUUAAAGAUUACAAGAUUGAAAUAUUGAAUGAACCACGGCCUGGGAAAAAGCUGCUUGUUUUGGACAUAGAUUAUACUCUUUUUGAUCACAGGUCUGUUGGUGAGACUGGUCAAGAUCUAAUGCGGCCGUACCUACAUGAGUUCCUCACGAUUGCUUAUGAAGAUUAUGACAUUGUUAUCUGGUCGGCGACAAAUAUGAAGUGGAUUAAAGCCAAGAUGGAUGAGUUGGGAGUCACAAAGAACCCAAAUUACAAACUAUGCUUUAUGAUUGACAGCUUAGCCAUGAUUACUGUGGAAACACCAAAGUAUGGUGUCAUAGAUGUUAAAGCCUUAGGUGUUGUGUGGGGCAAAUUUGAACAGUGGAGUACCAAGAAUACGAUAAUGUUUGAUGACAUCAGGAGAAACUUCAUUAUGAAUCCACAGGUUGGACUGAAGAUUCGGCCAUUUAAACAAGCGCACACGAACCGAGACACAGAUCGAGAACUGCUGAAACUUUCCAAAUAUCUGAAGGACAUAGCACCAUUAGAAGACUUCACCAUACUUAAUCACAAACACUGGGAAAGGUACCGGCCAGAAAAAAAGAGGUCUUCAGAGCGAUAAUGUGAACUGAGCUUGUAAGAGACAAUCCAGUGCAUUUUAAGUUUAACUCUUCCCAAGUGAAUCAAGUCUCCCACGCUAUGCAGCAAUUGCGUUCCUUCACUGGCUUUCCUUAUUGGCCAGAUAUAAAUUGGUGAAAGACAGUGCAAUUCCUGUAUUGAGUGGAGGUUGAGUGAUAUAUUGGAUUCCCUUUCCUGAUGUGCAUUAUUUACCCAUGGUUACUUACUCUGUCAUCAAUUCAUGUGCUCCACCAAUUCUAAAAAUCUUCUUAUAUUAAAGAAAAUCUAAUGGUUUACCAUUCUCUCCUGUAUCUUUAUCACAAAACCACCAUUUAUUUUCGUUUCUUAUACUUUGUAUAUUCUGUUGUGUUAAUAAACAUUUGAAAAGUAAA